AUGUCACGAUACCCCCCGGCUCCGGAGCCCCGACACCGGACAACUCGACGACGAUCUUCGGAACGGGGACUGUAUGGCGCUUAUAGACCAUACCUCCUAGAAUGGAAUGCCCAAAGUUGCCGACAAAAGGAUAUAUCCACAGCAGAGGAGUUCCAAGAAGAGAUGAGCCUUGUGGAGAGGCCGGGCUGGAGAAGAAUCGCUCUUGUAAGAGGUGAAUGUGAUAUGGGCGUCAUACUUGGCAUGGAGCUGGAUAAGAAAAGAGGAGGAUGGGGUUGGGAGUUCCCCGAGACGGAAACAAGGAGGAGGAAAUCGGAAGAGAGCGAUAACGAGACCAAAGAGAAAGACGACGAUAGUGAUUCCGAUCAGGAUGAGGGGAUUAGGAUCUGUCGUGCAUCACUCAUGACCAAGGAAAGACUUCCUAUUCUACUGCUCGAUGGCCUUCCAUUUCGAAUACCAUCGCGACCUUAUCGACCCUCCAGGAUACCAAGCAACACGAUUCCUGACAGAAGCAAACAGGGGAAACGACCCCCAAAACGAUCAGAGCUGGAAGACUCCCUCUGGCAAGCGCUCGUUGAUAUUCGACCCAUAGAAGACCUUGUGGCGGAGCUAAUCUACGAUACAUGGCUUCAAAAACUCGACUCGUUGCCUCCCCUAGGAUCCGACUCGGUAGACGUUCAAUGGACCAUCGCUCGCGCACUGGAAACAAAUGCCGAUACCACAAGGAGCAUGGAGCGACGAGGCGACUUUUGCAGCAUCACGUCUACUGACUGGGCAAGCCUUGCCGAGCGUCUUCAAAGACGCAUACAAAUAUCUGUCACAGUGGCUCUUCAAUCGCAUGCUCAGCAAGCACAAGACGAACCCAAGGAUGCAAACGCCCGGAGUCUCGAUCGCAUAGCGUAUCUGGGUGGACUUUUACUCCCACUGACGGUCGUAUCCGGAAUCUUGUCCAUCGAAAGCACUUAUGGUCCUGAGGGAUCAUCAUUCUGGGUAUUCUGGCUGGCAUCGGGCCUGUGUUCCAUCAUUGCACUCCUCGUCAUUUACGCCGAUCACCUCCGAACACUGGAUGUGUGGAUGGAAGUAGCGGCGAACGAGAUCCUCGAUUUGGAUCACAAUAAACGAUUUCAAGCAAAUCGGACACCGCGAAGAAGGGAAUAUCACAGCAGUGGGGAUCCAGAACGUGGAGAGGCAAAGUUGACAACGGCGUUGGAUGGAGGAAUAUAUGUGGUGCAGCAUCGGGAAGACGGGACGAGAGGUAGGACGUGGAGGAAGAAAAGGUUGGGGUGGCUCGGGGCCAUGAAGAAGAUGAGUGGAUGGUAUGCCUGGAGGGGAAGUCCUGGGUUGGAGUUUAGGAUGCCAGGCUGGGAGAAGAAGGUGAGGCAUUUGGUAUGGUGA